UGUUGUGGCAUGCUUUUUUCUUUCUUUCUCACAGCUCACUUGUGUUUAAUGCUUCCGCUCUUUCUUUUCGUUUCACGGUUUUCACGUGUGAAUUGUUUGAUUUUUUUACGAUAAUUUCAACUAAAAUUCCAACAAAAUGGGUCGUAUGCAUGCACCUGGCAAGGGUAUAUCCCAAUCAGCUUUGCCAUAUCGUCGCAGUGUUCCAAGUUGGCUUAAAUUGACAACCGAUGAUGUAGUCGAUCAUAUUUGUAAAUUGGCAAAAAAAGGUAUGCGACCAUCACAAAUUGGUGUUAUGUUGAGAGAUUGGUAUGGCGUUGCUCAGGUUCGUUGGGUGACUGGUAACAAAAUCCUACGAAUUCUUAAGAAACGUGGUCUGGCACCAUCAUUGCCCGAAGAUUUAUAUUAUUUGAUCAAAAAGGCUGUUGCUAUUCGCAAACAUUUAGAACGAAACCGAAAAGAUAAAGAUGCUAAAUUUCGAUUGAUUUUGGUCGAAAGCCGUAUUCAUCGUUUGGCUCGUUAUUUUAAAACCAAAAGCGUUCUUGCACCAAACUGGCGAUACGAAUCAUCGACCGCUUCAGCAUUGGUUGCAUAAACAAAAACAAUGAUUUUUUUCAUUUUUCUUUUGACAACAAAAAAAUAAAAACAUUUUUAUUGCAA